AGUGAGAGUGAGUGUGCGUGUGUGCGUGUACGUGUGAGUGUAGGUGCGCGCGCGCGCGGGUGCACAAGAGCGCGCGCCCCGAGAUAGCGCGGGCCAAGCCGGUGGGGGGAGGGGGAAGGGAGACCACAGUCAGCCACUCACAGAAACAGUAGUGAAAUCUCCCGAACACUUUAACUGUCAAUCAGACUUAAUGGGGUAUAAAAAAAAAAAAAAAAAAAAAAACCUCCAUCUGUGCAGCCAGGGAAAGAGGGAAUGGAGAGACUGCCUGCGAGGCAGGGCUGACAGGGGGUGCAUCUUGUUCGCUUUCGGAACCCGGGGACUCCAAGUUGGGGGCGGAAAAAAAAAAAAAGAGACAGCAAUAAAUGCUCCAGGAAGAGAGAGCGAGCGUGGGGCAAGGGAGGGAGGCUGAAUCCAGCGGCAGCAGCCCCUCUGCUAGGCUAGCCCCCGGGAGCCAGAGAGAGAGCGAGGGGGAGUGAGCGGCGCACGUAGAGAAACUGACACCGGGACCCCCCACUUCUCCUGCAAAGUGCUGGCAGUCAGAUCUCAUUUAAGCAAUUUCCUGCGCGUAAGAAUAGCAAUGAGUCGGGAGGUGUUCGGCGGCUGAAAUUGGCUGAAACCUCAGCCACUUUUUCUGCCCCCCCCCCUCCCUUUGAGGGGGUUGGAUUCUGCUUUUUUGUUUGUUUUGUUUUGGUUUUUUUUUUUUUUAAAGUCUUGCACUUUGAGACUUGCGAGGCGGUGGCUGCGUGCGCGCGUGUGGUUGGUGCUCCCCCCCUCCUAAACUCUCCAUAUCUGUCAGCCAGUAAACAUUACCUGAGAAAUCCCCAACGGAAACGACAGCUGAGGCAAGAAGCUUCUUGCCUUCAACGUUUCCACCUCCCGCUCCCCGCCUCCCACCCACCCCCCUCCUGCUGUCCCAACUUUCCGAAGCGCCCUUUCCCUACCUAAGCAGGAGUAUCUUUUUGCCCCCCACACCCGCUACUUGCAUUUUUGAGGGGACCAGGUGGGAUUCUCCCCCCCUCCACCGCUCCCCACCCGACUUAUUUCUUACUUGCUUCUCUUUUUGCUUUGGAUUGCGGGUGUGUGGUUUUGCACUGGGGGUAUCCCCCCACCCCCACCGACGCGCCCCCACCCCCUCGGAGGAUGGUUUGGAAAUGGCUGGGCGCGCUGCUGGUGUUCCCGCUGCAGCUGAUCUAUUUGGUGGUGAAAGCGGCAGUGUGUCUGGUGCUGCCCGCCAAGCUGCGGGACCUGUCCCGGGAGAACGUCCUCAUCACCGGCGGGGGAAGAGGCAUCGGGCGCCACCUCGCUCGGGAGUUCGCCGAACGCGGAGCGAGAAAGAUCAUCCUUUGGGGGCGAACUGAGAAAUGCCUGAAGGAGACCACAGAAGAGAUCCGGCUGAUGGGCACCGAAUGCCACUAUUUUAUCUGUGACGUCGGCAACCGAGAAGAAGUUUACCAGACGGCCAAAGCUGUCCGUUCCCAGGUAGGGGACAUCACCAUCCUGGUCAACAAUGCUGCUGUGGUCCACGGGAAGAGCCUGAUGGACAGCGACGAUGACGCCCUCCUGAAGUCGCAGCAUAUUAACACUCUGGGACAAUUCUGGACCACCAAGGCCUUCCUGCCCCGGAUGCUGGAGCUCCAGAACGGCCACAUCGUGUGUCUCAAUUCGGUUCUGGCUCUGUCGGCCAUCCCCGGAGCCAUCGACUACUGCACCUCCAAAGCGUCCUCCUUCGCCUUCAUGGAGAGUCUGACUCUGGGCCUGCUGGACUGCCCGGGGGUCAAUGCCACGACCGUCCUGCCCUUCCACACCAGCACAGAGAUGUUUCAGGGCAUGAGGGUCAGGUUUCCCAACCUCUUUCCCCCGCUGAAGCCAGAGACAGUGGCCCGGAGGACAGUGGAAGCCGUGCAGCUCAAUCAGGCCCUUCUCCUCCUCCCCUGGACGAUGCACAUCCUGGUCAUCCUGAAAAGCAUACUCCCACAAGCAGCACUUGAGGAAAUCCACAAGUUUUCUGGCAGCUACACCUGCAUGAACACUUUCAAAGGUCGGACAUAAAGCCAGAAACACAGAGACAUCCUCCAGGCCAAGUGAAGCCUGGAUAGAACCUCAGGGAGCCAUAGCAGGGCUUCCAGCGGCCUGACCUUCAGCACCAUUCCCCUGCUCCAAGGUGCCCAUGGGCACUGCUCCUGUCCCAGAGAGGAAACAUGACUGCUGAGCCAGCGCCAUGAUCUUUUGCACAAGACUAAGGGACAGAACCCUUAUCCCACCACGAGGCGAAAAGCAAAAAAAAAAAAACAAACAGCAGCCUUGACAUUUUUUGUAUAUUUCUAAUUCUUUAGAGUUUUAUCAUUAAAUCUGCUUAUAUAGUCAAACCAUUCCUCAAGAGUGUCUAGAGGUUUUGUUCUUGAGGUUCUGUUCCCUGUCGGCCCCCUGACAACAUAACAGGAACAGAAAAUAAAAAGAAAUGGCUUUGGA